GCACAUCGAGUACUACUUAGUCCCUUAAGAUAGCAGGCAACUGUAUGCAUUUGCUAGACGAAGAUAAACAAGAAAAAAUAUCAGCACAGAUUUGCAAUUGAUACUAGUCCUAUUCGUGCGUAUGUUUUCGAUAACAGAACGAUGUCCUACUCAUUACCGUGCGCGUGCCAUUUACCGAGGUCUGGCCUUCUCUGGUUUGCCAACUUCUAGUGAAUGCUUGUUCCUUAGUUCGCAUGCAUCGACUGAUAAGUUACUUACUCUCCGUGCGCUUCCUCCAGUACCGCUAGUUGAGAAAGCCGAAUACCGUUUCGCUAAGAAGAUCGUAAAACUUAGGGACCCUUAAUGAUCGAACGGUCGUCCAAGACAAGGGUUCGACAACACUACGGACUCCAUUCCAAUAGACUGAUUAGCUCGGUGAGCAUGUUUAUUAUACACAUCAUAAAAGUCUGAUGCAUUGUGCCCACGUUCGGCCGAACGUAAGCGCCGGCAGCUCACUAUAAACGGCCUCUCCAUCUGGGGAGGCCAUACUGCUGUAUGACAAACAAGGCUAAGCAAAAAGCCGAUCUGAGAUCGGGUUGUCAUCUUGCGAACGCGCUUAUUAGGUUCGCCCCUAUAUGAUAGUAGCUUGUAAUAACGUGUGCAGCUACCCUCAUUUCAAAAACACCAAACGAUGCCUUGUCAAUGGGAUGAAACAUCGAUAUAUGUAUACAAUCGUUAUGAUAACCUAACGGUUGAUUAGUUAGUUUCCAGUUCACAACCAAAGGCGGACGACUGACACAACGAAACAUUCGACAACGAUAUUUUUAGAGUAACAAAAUAUAGGUAGAAAAUUAUUUUUGGCCAUUAGUGCGGCAUCUUUAAGCAAAAAUGAUCCUUUUAAAUUGGACUAUAAUAGGUUAUAGACGGCGGGACAGAUUUCAAUGGCUUGUUUACGAUCUUUAUUUUAUAUCCACACGUAGCGGGUAGUCGAAGUGGUGUCUAGUGUUUUUAUUUCCCUUCGAUAAUCUCCGUAACAAGAUGGAAACCUUGCUGUGGUAUUUCGUGGAAGGCCGCACCGUCUCUUUUGCUACCUGAGACUGACUCAUUAUAGAUCACGAAUUAGAUAUACAAGAAGGGGAGGCUUACGACAACUGGAACGUAGUGAAUUUUGUCUCGUAGAUGUUUAUACAUUUCGAUGCACCGAUAUCUCUAACAGCGCAAAAUCUCUAGGUGUCCUAAGUGGUUUCAUGACAAGUUUUUUCAACAUGUAUUAGCCUGCGCUAGCUGAUUAUUAAAUGGUGUCCUUACGAGUUUGGCCGUCACACUAGCGUAAGUGUCUUCCGAUAACACGUAUUGUCACCGACGUAUAUACAAAGGAACUAUAUAGAGGCUGCGCAAGGGCUCUUGGCACACACAAAAUUUUGUUUGAUUUUUUUUUCCACUUUAGCCGCUUAUUAUGGACACCGAUGACUCAUUCGUCAUUACGUUCGUCGCUAAGUUACAUUUCAACUUGUGCAACCGAGAACGCACUAUCUGAAGAUAAGCGUACUGUUUUUUUACUUCACUUCAAACAUGAAAGUACAAAAUAGUUGAAAGGUCAGACGUUUGUUUUUCAGUAACACCAUUAGUGGUCUAACUUGUAUGCAACGAAAGAAAAUUCGCACAUAGAUAACUCCGUAUCGGUUUCAUUAAGCACUGCAUUAUUUUAUUUUGAUUUGCCAAACAGUUAUAUAGAAUUGGUAAGGUUAUAGGGGUGUUUUCGUUUUUCUGUUUGUUCUAAGUUAAAAACAAACCGGUCGAGUCAAAUGCUCGAAGGUAGCGUCUGUCAAACUUCUCUAUUGUAUAUGAUCGGAUCGUUGGUCUAGACAAAGACUUAUCCACCAUGGUUCACUACGUGCGUGACUUCAACAGUGAGUUAUGAACUUCCUAGACCGGUCGAAAUACAUAUGCGUCGUUAGGACGUCCCUUGAAGAAAGGACGAGCGUGCAUUUUUCAUCCGAAUAUUCACUCCUUCAAGAUUCACGCCCUCUCGCUAAGAUUAACUAAUUAUGUCUCUGCGGUAUUUAUUGACUUCUAGAAACGUUAGCAACUAGUAAACUACAACCUAGCAAGCUUUAUCUUCUCUCCGAUACAGUGCUGUACUUAAGAAAUGAUACGCAUAUCACGCUUAUAUUGAUACAAAGAUAUGAUAGCUACAGCAGAGCCGCUGGCAACGCUGAAGACAACUAUCGUAAGAGAUGAUAACUUUCAUGUAGAAUCCGCGCUAAGUAAUAAAGAAAUUACCAUCGCCUGAUAUGUUACUUCAUCAACGACUCAUCAGAUGAAUAGCUUGAUACAUUUAUUAAGUCAGAUUCGAGAUACGUUUGAACUAUCGCGCGCGAACUAACUUUAAUUGCGGUGGGCACAAUCAUACAAAGCAGGCAGUUUAUUCGUUGUGACUGCCACAAAAGGCUGUUAAAGCGCUUAGAGAAACGAAGGGAGUCAAGCCUAUAUCGAAGACUUACUUGAAUGUCGAAAUACGACGAAAUACAGUUUGGUUUAUGUGAGGUACAGGCGCACCUGCGAGACCUGUGCAUCAAAAGCCCUGACUGUUCGAUUCGUUCUUGAUCACUUUCCCCAGCUGCCUGGAACUUGUGUUUGUGAGCGACCCUUAAGUUUGAAGGACGCGCAUCGAGUUAUCGACACGUCGGUCAAAUAAUUUCAGACUUCAGAUGACACUUGAUGUCGUUUGAGCAUAUCUUUCAUUAAGAUAUGUGGAUGAAUAUAUCAGCAAUGUAUUAUACUAUCAACCUUUAAAUGUUUUACGUUUUUCGUCACAUUUCAGAAAUAGACGUUACUUCAUCACAUGAGGACCGAUACUGCUUCGACAUCAUCGAUAUUUCACGCAUCCUUAGCCUGUUUACUCAGCCGAUUCCAAAGCAUGUGACCCCAAAAACUUUAUCACCACCACCCCCUUCCCCCAUCUGGAACUUUUUCUCGCAUGUCUUACCAAAUUGCACGUUACCGUUGUUUCCUUUUCUCGUUUGCAUUCAUUAAGAUUGACGCUUAGACGUUAUCCAGUUAGUAAACUGAUUACAGUGAUGUUGCAGGUAAUACAUUUAACUUUGUUUAAUUUAAUCUUAUACCUUUGACUCGACGACUAGUGCCAGCUUUAUAACUUAACAUGCGAACUCUCUUUAGCGUUGAAACUUGCGAUGUACGGCCUGGCCUAAAAUGAAAAUAUAGCCCUGUUCCACCAGCUGUCACCGGCCUAAUGUGAUUCUACAGCAAAGCAUGAGGUCUAAUUUUUUUUCAAUCACAUGCCUUACAGAUAAUAGCGGUGACGGCGGCGGAGCCUGCGAUGAAGGUCCUACACAGCAACUUCAACAGCAACUCAUAGCGUUAAUUCCGCGAAAGCGCCGACCAAAAGGGACUGGACCGCGCGCUUUAAAAAAUACAGGGAAAAGCCUAUACAAAUGCGAGCAGUGUGACUAUACGACAUCUUGGCCAUCUUGGCUACGCACUCACCAACGCGUCCAUACAGGAGAAAGGCCGUUUGCGUGCCACCUUUGCUCAUACACAUCGUCUCAAAGCUCAAACCUUCAACAGCACCUAAAACGCCAUUCAGAUGAGCGGCCCUACAAAUGUGACCUUUGCGAAUACAGCUGUAAACGCGGUCAUCAGUUAACAACCCACCGGCGAACACAUUUUGCUAGAGACCUUCGACACUUGAUGUCGUUGCACGGUGUCUUACCAUCAAGCACAUCUCUGACAGUAAAUAACUUUGCGUCGCUGACGCAGCUGAAUUCAUCCGAUGGAUCGGAGCCUCCUCCAUCGUCUUUACUGGACUACGGCCUGCCGCUCUCCCUCAUCGAUGUUGACCUCGCCGCGUCAGCAACACGGAAUUUGAUUUCGUCCUCAUCGGCUCCUACAGCAUCAUCAGUGGCAACGCCGACAUUCGCCACAGCGCCUGACCUCACCAGUCGAGGGGCAACGAUACUCACCUCGACUUCAUCGGCCUCACCUGUUUCUUCUGCCACAGUCACCCCAGCGUCUACUACGUGUACGAUCGCAAUAGGCCCUCCAUCUCCUCAGCUGUCUUUCCUUGCCGGCGGACCAUCUGAAUUAACCGUAACCAAUGCGGAGAGUCAGGCACCAUCAAGAUUGCCCCGAUACUCCGACUGUAUUCCGUGGAUGGCGUCGAUAUCUUCCGGCAGCUUACUCGGGAUGAAGUCCAUGCCAUCGAUGGCAUCUCCGCGGGUUUCUGAUGAGUCAGCCCCAUUUGCCGAAGAUACUGACCAAGAUCCGGACCAGGAUCAAGAUCAGGCGUCGCAAUCGAGGUCAGAUUCAGACGAAUCAGAUUCUGAAAGUCCGGGAACAUUACACAUCGAUGAGCCCACACCAGCUGACCGCAGUUGUGAUUCGAUUCAAGCUAGAGAACACCUGUGAAGGACAACCUUAGUAACUAAAAGACAAACAAGAGUUCGUUGAAGCUGUCUGAGCCAAUAUAAUACGGGGCGACGUGAUUCCUACGAUUUACGCGUCCAUUUUCCAGCAGUGUGUACCGUGGCAUACACACAUGCAUAUCUAUGUAUAUUCACCCUACAGAUUUCUUGCAUUCAACAUGAUUCUCAUAUAGAAACGUGCUCUGAAACGGUCUCCUAAAGGGGAUGUUCUCGACAGACGCGUCUGCGUGAAUCAAUUCAAACGUUUAUAAACUGUGAACAAAGUUUUAUGGUGUUUCAAGGGAUGGCACGCGUACAUACAGUGUAACGCGAAAAUGAAUCCUAUUUUUCUGAAUUAAUUUUUUCUGCAGAAAAUAUUUUCAUGUCGUUGCAUUGAACAGUAACGACGAGCUAUUGUUUUAAAUAUAUUCAAUAAUAAGAAUAUAAUAGACAAUAAUAACGAUUCUUAAGGUUGAGUACUUGGCGCUGUUUAGUACUUAAACAAAAACGGACAAAGAGGAUCUCAGUCCUUUGUCUAUUGUAUUAAAAAUUAUAUGGACAGAGAUAUCGUGGGUCCCACCGGUUGAGUUCCUAAAUACUGAUGAUGAGGACGUUGUCGGAUAACUUUUGCCGCAACUUAUUAAGCGAAUUGUACUUAUCCCAAUUAUAUAUAUAUAUAUAUAUAUAUAUAUAUAUAUAUAUAUAUAUAUAUAUAUUCAUUAUUAUCGAUGAUAAUAUAGCCAAUAUCGUACGCGCAGUGCAAAAACCCUUGCAACAACACUGCAUGCCAAAGGUCAACGAAACAGAAAAUGCCAUAUCUUUGGGCCACUCGGAAGAUGCGUUGCAAUUGCUACAAAUGUGUUUCGAAUGUACAGCGAAUUUGUACACGUUUUUAUAUAGAGAAAAAGGAUUAGGAUAGAAUACACGGUGUUGAUCUACUUGCCCCGUCGUAUUUCGAAAUGAUCGAGAUACCUCUUAGCGUACGAAAUGCCCUGUGCAUCGUACAAACAUAAGUGUCGUAGUGUUCCGCUUGUACGAAAUAGUACGUUUUCGUGACCGCUAUUGUGUUACUAGUAGUUCUCUUGAAAAUGAGCAAUUCAUGUCCGUUCGACAUCAACACCUUUACCUAUUCAAGGGCAUUGGUAUGAUUUGCCCUAGCGUUACGGUCGAACUAUACGUCCAAUUGGCGUUACAUAUGUGGUGAGGUUCUCCAUUUGCUAUUGUUGACAUCGGGCACCAGUCGUCAAAUGCUCCCUAAGUAGGAUGCAAGUCGUUGUGGAAGUCUGGUCUAUAUCACACUGGGCUAGCUUACGAUGUCUACGUAUGGAAUGACCUGACGAAAGUUCAAACACUAUCCAAUGUAUGCAGAUAGCUUGCUCCCGAUUCUUCGGACCCCCUAAUUUUCAAUUGAUAGCAAUCACUGGAGCUACAUUUCUCGAGAUUCACUGAUAACCAAUUAAAAUGAAGAUACGAAGAAGAUACGAAGGUAUUAUUCAGUUUGUAACUUAUGCGGUUCGUUACAUACUUAUUCGAAGCUGUCAUUGUCAAUCAGUAGCAACAAUCGUGAAUUGCGUUGAAUUUCCUUAUCGAUAUAUUUUUUUUUAUAUAAAAUUUUCAUUUUGAUAUUUUUCUACGUAGUUCUGAAUGGCCCCAAGCUAGUCAGUAGAGACAAUUAAUUGCAGCUAUGUAUAGCAAACUAUUCCGGAUUGUUUAGUUCAAGACACACACAAACACACACCCAUAUAUAUACAACAUAUGUGUGUGUGUAUAUAUACAUAUAUAUAUAUAUAUAUUUUUUUUUUUGGUAAGGCGGAAGCCCGCAGUUGAAUACGAAAUAUGACUGGAAUGUAAAUUUAUAGUUGAAACAGACGCUGAUUCUACUAUGAUGUAGGUUGGUCUAAGCGUAAAGCAAGCAAGUUUGUUCGUUAUUGUGGGUUUGAGCCUUAAUCAGCAGUAAACCUACGAGUACCUCUCAUCUUGUAGAAACGUGAUCAAGCCAGGGUAGCGAAAAUAGAUGGUUAGUUAUUACUAUUACCAUUAUACAAUGGAUGUGAAUUAACGACUUGUUCCGUACUACACAUUCCAAAAACAAGUGCGUGCAGCAGAGACAGGUAAUGUUGAUAUUAAUAAAUCGAACUGCUAGUUGA